CAUCCCGGCACUUCGGCGCUCCAGCAUCCCGGCAACUCCGCUCUGCCGACCCCGGAGCUCCGGACUCGGCCGUCCCGGGAACUCUACUCCGCUGAGCCCGGUUCCUCCAUCUCUCAGCACUCCGGCAUCCCGGGAACUCCGCGCUCCACCGUGCCGGGAACUCCGCUGCGCUGACCGCUGGUCCCGGCUCCUCGGGAAUCCGAUCCGCGCUGCCCCCCGGCCCCCGGGCCCCCCGGAGGAGCGGCCAUGGCGUUCAUGGUGAAGAGCAUGGUGGGGGGACAGCUGAAGAACCUCACGGGCGGCCUGGGCGGCGAGGAGAAGAGCGAGGGCGAGAAGUCUCCGGCCGAGGCGCAGGGCAUGACCCGCGAGGAGUAUGAGGAGUACCAGCGGCAGCUGGUGGAGGAGAAGAUGGAGAGAGAUGCCCAGUUUGCCCAGCGCAAGGCGGAGAGAGCCACGGUCAGGUCCCACUUCCGAGACAAGUACAGGCUGCCCAAGAACGAGACGGACGACAACCAGAUCCAGCUGGUGGGAGGCGACGUGGAGCUGCCCAAGGAGCUGGCCAAGAUGAUCGAGCAGGACAACGAGGAGGAGGAGGAGAAGAACUCGGUGAUCGGGCAGCUCAGUAACAUCCAGAACCUGGACCUUGAUUCCUUGAAGGACAAAGCCUCGGCCACGCUAGAGGACCUGAAGCAGUCGGCGGAGAAGUGCUCCGUGAUGUGACGGGGCUGAGCAGGGAG